AAUUAAGUAAACAGAUUACAAUACAUGAGGUUUCAUAUGUAAAGUUAACUCAUAGCUGACGAAAAUAUUAAAAUUAGAACUGUCAAGGGUAACCAAAUAAAGAGAAAAAUGGAAAGCCAUUUGACAAAGUUCACAAACUGAAAUUUGUUGUUAAAUAUGUCACAUUCGAGGAAUGCACACAAAUUAUCUGAUAAAAGUAGGACAGACAUUCAGGCAACCGACAAAAAUGAGGAUGAAGGAGAAGUCAUAAGUUGUAACGCCACCGAGAGCUGCACAUACGCUGUGACCGUUUCAAAGAAACCAUCAGCCUCAAACACCUUGGGUGGUUUGUGUUCUGGACAAAAGUCUUUCAUAAGUAUACAUUCAACCGACCAGUUAUGUCAAGUGGCCGACGUCGACAAUCCAUCGAACCUCGAAGAGUGUAACUUGGAAGUUCUCAGCCUCAACGAGGUGUUCCCUUCGACAUCUGAAGAAAGCCUCUCUAACGAGGACGACUCACCCGUUCAGAGGAAGCAAAAAAACUUAAACAAAAAUAAAGCAACAAUACAAAAAUGCCAAUCAGAAAACGCAGAGAAAUCGUCAUACAUGCCGACGAACAGUAAGUCGUCAACUGGUUCGAGGCAGAAGGAUCCCGUCGAAGGGCAACCAUCAGUGUAUUCUGAUUUCGACAUCCCUAAAAAUACACUGUACGUAGUCGGGAGUAACCCGGGCGAGCCAAAGAUGUCCUAUCCAGAUCCGCCAAAGAAAAUUUCAAAGACGAUGAAAAAGUUUCUGCGCAACAUAGACAAACACAAGAAUGAGCAGAACAUAAAGAGCAGCGAGAAAGCCAUCAGUAAGCUAACCACCAUGCGAGGGAUACUCAAGGACGGCCGCUGCGGGCCGGAGUGCACCGGCGACUCGUCUGUACAGGGCGCGGAAGAAUACAACACUGAAGAUCUCACAUUGCCGUUCUCAAUGGACUUUGGUCCUCAAUCAAACUACAGUAAGCAAAGCCCAGACAAAAACGUGACUUUUAACACGCAAGUUGUGAUCAUUCACUUCACGGGGGACCUGUGCGUGGGACAGAGCGUCGAGACCCUCAGCAAGGAGAAGGACCAACAAGCGAGAAACUCCGAACUAAGGAAAACAUUCCUCACAAAAUACAACGAAUUUUGGCCCACACAGAAAUAAUUUUAAGUUUAGAUUAUAAUUUCUGAAGUUUUGUCUUUAGUGAGAUUAUUAUCGCCGUAUCCUUAGGAAAGUUCGAACAAAAACAUGGUAUAAGUUAUUGGAAAUGUUUUAUAUUUAUACACAAUAUAUUUGUACGAUGUUAAAAUUUAUGAAGUUGCGUUUUGUCUGACGUUUAUUUAUUUAAAAUCCGAUCAAUUCGAUUGCUUACUUUGUAGCGUUGAAUUGUGUGACAUUCGGGAAACCAAAUUAAAAUAAAGGUAUUCUUA